AGAUGGAAAAGAAGAAGAAAAAAGACAGCAGCGGCGAGUCGGAGAGCUCAGAUGACAGCGACAUCGAGGGAGAGACGGCCUCCGCUCUGUUCAUGAAGAAGCGCACGCCUCCAAAACGUGGAGGACGUGGCUCUGCAGGCAGCUCCAGGACUGGUAGUCGUCCCGGGACACCAUCCAUAGACUCUGCCUCCACCUCCAAUACACUCCGUGCUGCUGCCAGCAAGCUGGAGCAAGGUAAGAGACAGACUCCGGGUCCCAGCACUGACUCACCAGCUGCCAAACGGCUGAAGAUGGAGCCCAGCAGUCAGAGCCCUGCUCCCUCUGGGAAGAGUACGCCACAACCCAUAUCAGGAAAAUCUACUCCUAGCUCAAG